AUGAGCGGGGAUAGUUCAAGAGAAACACUAGAACAAUUACGAACAGUCUCAGGUAGUCCUGCCUCAAGACAUAAACACAAACAUCACCACCAUCACCAUCACCAUCACCGUCAUCAUCAGAAUCGCAAUGAACAAGAUAUGGAUAUGACACCCGGUAGAAAUUCAUUAAUGACCUCUGCUCCCACAGUGGUCGGUCAGAGACCUCCAUUUGUGUCGGCUGCACAACAAGCACGUACAAUAUCUAAUAGAGAUCGUUAUGUACCAUCAGGAAAAAAUCGACUUAUGUCAGGUCAUCAUACUGCCCCAGUUGCAAAUAAUAAUUAUAUUAAGAGACCUUUACCAAGACUUGCAGACGGGACUAGAUUUGGAAGUUAUCAAAUUGUGAAAACUCUAGGGACAGGUUCCUUUGGGAAAGUAAAACUUGCUUAUCAUAUUACUUCAGGUCAAAAAGUUGCAUUAAAAAUAAUUAAUAAAAAAAUUCUUUCUCGUAGAGAUAUGCAAGGUCGUAUUGAAAGAGAAAUUUCUUAUUUAAGAUUGUUAAGACAUCCACAUAUUAUUAAAUUAUAUGAUGUGAUUAAAUCAAAUGAUGAAAUUAUUAUUGUAUUAGAAUAUGCACAACAUGAAUUAUUUGAAUAUAUUACUCAACAUGGAAGACUCUCAGAAGAUGAAGCUCGUCAUUUUUUUCAAGAGAUUAUAUCUGCUGUAGAAUAUUGUCAUAGACAUAAAGUAGUUCAUAGAGAUCUUAAACCAGAAAACCUUUUAUUAGAUAAACAUUAUCGUGUAAAGAUUACAGAUUUUGGAUUAUCUAAUAUAAUGACCGAUGGGAAUUUUUUAAAGACAUCAUGUGGUUCACCAAAUUAUGCUGCACCUGAAAUUAUUGGUGGGAAAUUAUAUGCAGGUCCAGAAGUUGAUGUUUGGUCCUGUGGUGUUAUCCUUUAUGUCCUAUUAUGUCAUAGAUUACCAUUUGAUGAUGAAAGUUUACCAAAAUUAUUCAAAAAUAUUAAUAAUGGGAUUUAUGCAUUACCAAAUUUUUUAUCUCCUGGUGCAGCGUCUUUAAUUAAAAGAAUGCUUAUUGUAAAUCCAUUAGGAAGAAUUUCAAUCCAAGAAAUUAUGCAAGAUGAAUGGUUUAAAAAAGAUAUUCCAUUAUAUUUAGUGCCUCAAGAUUUAAGAGAAGAUGAAAAUGAGAGUCUUAAUGGUGAUAGUGAUACAAAUAGUCUUACUGCAUCCAUAAGAAGUGGUGAAGAAAAUAUAGAUGAAGAAUUAGUAACGGCAUUAGCUAAUACUAUGGGUUAUGGAAUUGAUGAAAUUUAUGAAUCUUUAGAAACAGAGACUACUGAUCCAGGUUUACUGGAAAUCAGAGAUGCAUAUCUAUUAAUGAAGGAAAAUAAAGAUAUCUUAAAGGAUUUAAGAUUAGUUAGAUCAGAUUCUGAUAUCUCUUUAAUUAAUAACAAGAGUGGAGAAGUGAUUGAUACAAUGGCCGCUCAACAAAUGACCACUUAUCAUAGGAACAAGGAUUCUCAAUAUCAUUUGACUACAGCAUCUGGUGAACCUUGUGAUCCCAUGACAGGUUCAAUGAAACAAGGUAUGAUGAAACAGCAACGGACAUAUAAUGAUACUGAAGGAACUCCGUUGGAUACAAAUGAAUCCACAAUUACGAUUUUACCAACAUCACUACCUCAAAUUCAUCGUGUAAAUAUGUUUGCUGAAGGAUUCCCUGGUGCAGGAGUCAUUACACCAAUGUUAACUCCGACUAGUAAAACCAGGUGGCAUUUCGGAAUAAGAUCUCAUUCUUAUCCAUUAGUUGUUAUGGGAGAAGUCUAUACAGCAUUGAAACGACUUGGUGCUCAAUGGAUAAGAACAACAGAGAGAGAAUUGUGGACAAUUAGAGUGCUAUGGAAAUGGGAUGGGCAAAUGAAUCAAGAAAAUGUUGAUACAUUAAAUGUAAUUCCUGAAAGAAUGAAAGUUGUCGUUCAGUUAUUCCAAACUUCACCAAACUAUUAUUUGGUUGAUUUAAAAUUUGAUGGAUGGGAGACCAAUGAAGCUACUGAUUCGAAUGGACAAAUUCGUAGAGAGGCUACACCGAGUGCAGAAUCCAUUGCAAAAGACGAGAAAGUUAGUACAUUUUCAGCAUAUCCAUUCUUAAAUUUGUCUACCAAAUUAAUAAAUGAACUGGUGAGGGAAAAUCAAGUAAGUACCGAUUCAUCACAAGAGGACCUCACUACAUAG